UAUGGGCACGAGUGGGAGAGAGAAAAACUCACAUUCAGGGGCGUGCCUUGAACAAUUAGUUCCUCAAGGAAGUUCAACUCUCAGAAGAUCUUGAAGCAUACAGAGGAACGGAGAUCACACCAGCGGCGGGGGGUUUCGGGUUUGAUUUCACCCGGAGAGAAGAGGAGCGCCUAAAACACUACAACUGAAUGUUUAACACCUGUUCCGGGCAUAGAGGGGAGCCAGAAGCCUGACGUGGAGGAGGUUGCUGGACCCACAGAACCACAGCCACAAUGGAGUCCUUUAGCUCAAAGGACAUGGCCAUGAAAGUCCAGAAGAAGAUCCUUAGCCACAUGGCGAGCAAAUCCAUGGCGCAGGUGUUCAUUGAUGACACCAGCAGUGAAAUUCUGGACGAGCUCUACAGAGUGUCCAAGGAAUACACGGGAAACCGCACAGAGGCCCAGAAGGUGGUGAAGGACCUGAUCAAGGUGGCAGUGAAGAUCAGCGUACUCUACCGCCACAACCGCUUCAACACAGAGGAGCUCAUCCUGGCCCAGGACUUCAGAAAGAAGCUGCAUCAGGGCGCUAUGACCGCUAUCAGUUUCUACGAGGUGGAUUUCACCUUUGAUAAGACUGUGAUGUCAGAAAUCCUGACUGAAUGCCGAGACAUGUUGCUCAGGCUGGUAGACAAGCACCUUACUCCGAAAUCCCAUGGGCGCAUCAACCACGUCUUCAACCACUAUUCCGACCCGGAGUUGCUCACCACUCUGUACUCCCCAGACGGACCCUUUCGCUCCAACCUCACCAAGAUCUGCAAUGGCCUCAACAAACUGCUGGAGGAGGACAAGCUAUGAUGUGGCUGCCCUUAUGAGUACAUGGACACUGGUGAUGAAUUCCACGGGAUGGCAAUGACAGGAGGACAAGGACCAUUCAUUGCUGCACAAGAACUAAGGAAAACAUGAUAAGCGGUUACAUCAGCGCAACAAAUUAAUAAAACCUUCCUGUAGCUACAUUGUUUUCAGUGUAAGGUAUUUUAUUUAAUUUGAUACUUUUAAAGGCAAAGUCACAGAUCAGUUUUUUUUAGGCAAAUGUGCAAGCUCUGUGAAUUUUUUUCCAUUGCUGUGUGGUGAGCUGUGACUAUGGAUUGUUCUCUUUGUGAAAAGUUAAACUUCUGAUCAGGAGUAUACAAAUUGCAAGCUGAUUCUGGAAAAAAAGGGAACUCACCUCCUGCUUUCAGCAGACAAAACACCUCAGUUUUUGUCUAUAUAUUUUCAUGACAAUAAAAACACAACUUAUUUCUUCAAGCUGACAUCUUUCUCAACCAAAGGAUGUGAAUUGUCUUUAAAAAGGGAGAUCAACAUUUGUUUUAGGAAAAAACUGAAAAGGUCUUCACAGAGAAAACACUCAACAUAAGGGCUGACAGUAUGAUGCACUGCUUGACUGAGCAAUUUAAAGCUUUUAUCAACAAUAAUCAUAACUACAAUAGUGUGCAGAACAUCACUGCCAUCUUGUGCUGUAACUAGGUACUGUAUGUAUUAUCAAUGUCUCCUCUCCCAUGACUAAAAUGUAUAUAACUGGCUACUUGUGCUGCAAACAGUCGUUACUCAUUUUUGAAGACAGAAGCGUUUUUACCUGUAAUUUAUUUUUCUAUUUGCAUAUUUGCUUCACUUUUCUGUUUUCCAAAAUUUCUGCUUGCUGUGGAGCGAUUCAUGUUUCCCAUCUGAGCCGACAGAUGGCAGUAAAGUUCACCCAGAGAAAGUGCGGCAGCCGCCUGUUCCACCUGCUUCCAUUGUUUACAGCUCCUGUCCGCUCUCGAGAGCGCGCGCGGCUCAUUCGGAAAGCAGCGUCAGGGGCGUGUUGUUACCAUGGAGACCAAACUGCACAUAAUAAAGUGUGGAGAUGAUGAAUCCUGCACAUCAUUUAGUGAUGAGUCAGAAGUACACAAUGAACAGGACUUUGUGGAAACAUUUUGGUUGUUUUCAAUAAUUUUGUAUUAAUUUUAGUGUGGCAAAACAUGUAACUCUUACAAUUUGUAAUUUAUUACCACAGUAUCCUUGUUCUCAGAAAACCUUACCAGCAAGGAAAAAAGAGCAAAUUGACAUGUCAGCACUAUUAAGCUUUUACUAAUUAUGAUUUAGAAGUAAAAAUUACUUAGAACUACUGAACAAAAACAUUUUAUGAAUAGCCCUGUGGUCCCAAUUGUUUGUAAACUGAAGAACCUCUCUCUAUAUGUAGCAUGUAAAACCAAAUGUGCAAAUCUACUGUAUGUAGACAAUAGUCUGUUGUGUACCACAAUACUGAAUGACAAAACCUCAUCUCUCCAGCUGAGUGGAGUGUUUCAUAAUCCUGACACUGAAUGCUUUUUCAGUAUUUGGCCAAAUGGAAAUAAAACAUUUCUUUAUCCCUAUUCCAAUAACUUUAAAUUCAGGGAUGUGUGAAACUCAU